GCAAAAGGGGCGCCUGCUGGUGAUUUCGGUGAAAAACCGUUCGUUUCCGGAAUGACUUACUUUCCUCCACCUAAUUUCUGGCAGUUCUAACGCUUUCUCGAACGGAAGGACCAGACACGAGAGCGUUGCCUGCCUUGUCGACAGGGACCAGGCCAGCUGGCAAGCGAUCGGAACUGCGGGUCAUCACUCGACGAACUCCAGCUAGCGACGGGAAUCGUACGUCGGGGAGCGUCACGACGUGGGGCGAAUGAACCAGAAACUCGAGAACAACUCGUCCACUGCAACUCUCGAGUUCCACAUGCUGUCAUUCGCGAAAACGCCUCCAGCUGUCGGACAAACAGGGGUCGCUCCUCUCCCCUGAAUGCCCUUUGUUGACUAGGAUCCUGUAUGUUCCAAACACGCCCAAAGUCAUUCCGUUUCGAGUGGCGGUUUUCCAGGAAAGGUAGACGAACCGAAUCCUAGCACUAGACUGCUUUCCGCUGUCGGACACAGAGUCCUCGGAGUCAGAAUCCAAUGGAGGCCCGAACGAGCGGCAAAGCUCUUCCUCCAGGAGUCGAUGCGACUACUAUCUCGUCUCCAGCGCAAGGACGAUGCAACGUCGUGCCCGGGGCGAGCCAGCGUACACACCUUGCGUCGCAGGCGACUUCAGCGUUUGUCCAGGCUGCCAUCUCCGUAGACCAGCAGCGCGGCUCAAAACAGAUGGUUGCCCAGUGCCUCACUCAGUCUACCCAUGUCCGGGAAAUGGCUUCACAUCUUGGCGGCCGUCCCACCCACUUUAACCAAGUGGUUGACCAGCAGUAUACCUCCACGUGCACGACGACAGGCUGUACAAGCGGGACUUACCUUCACCCACCGUCGAGCACGGCGCUCCGUGGUCUCACCGACAGCACAGAGAAACCCCUUCCAGGAACUCCGCAACUGUACUCUCCGAGUCACCCGGGGAAAGCAGUUCAGCAACUCGAAAGAUUGAUGCGCCCAUGCGCAACUGCACAUAGCCUGCCAGUCCCUCCUACAGGUGCGCCAGUAACCGUGAGUGGAUCAGCCCUUCCCAGCACCACAGUGCCCGCGGGUGGCGUUCCAGGAACUCAACAGGGGGAGGAAGGUGUGCCGUCGGAGGUCGCUGACUCGUUCUUUCCGGGAUCUGACCUCCAAAGUCGAGCAAUGUUGAAGGCGAAGCCCGGCGUGCCUGCUGAGACCGUUGCUCGGCCUUCUGCCGAUAUUGCGUCCGGGCCUGUGCAGUCUCCCGCGCCGGCGCCCGCCUUACCGACGCCACCGGAAAACACUCUGAUCAUUUUGGACUACGACGACACGCUGCUCCCCACCAACUGGGCCGCUGUUCAGAACCGCGUCGGCCUGAACGACCCCGUGCCUCCGGAGAUGCUUCCGUCCCUGGCCGAACUCAGUGAGUUGUGCAUCCAGACCAUCAACAUAUGUUUAGCCAGGGGGAUGGUGGUGAUUGUCACGAACGCGACUGUGGAAUGGGUCAACAGAUCUGGAGAGAAGUUCAUCCCGCAGGUCUUGCGGCACAUUCAGACGCAGGGGAUCGAGAUUAUUUCCGCCCGUGACCGCCUCCAGCACACGGGCAUGCCCCAGCGACAGUGGAAAAUCCAAGUGUUUGAAGAAAUGAUCAACGACGUUUUCGGAGACCGCAUGCGAGACGGCACGGAGUGCACGGUCAUUUCAAUCGGCGACGGGGAAGGCGAGCGAGAAGCGUGUCUGGAGAUGUGCCGGAACCUGGGAGUCAAUGAGUGGCUCUUCAAGUCGCUGAAGCUUCUCGCCCAGCCCACGUGCAACCAGCUGAUUUCCGAGCAUCUGCUCGUCCAGCAGGCCUUCCCGGAAAUCCUCAAAGUUCCGCAAUCCCUGGACAUGGCUAUUCUCGACUACAAAAACUGUGGCGGCGCCGACUCGGCGCAUCAAACCUCAGUGAACCCCCCGGCAGGUCACGCGCAGCCUGCUUCUACACCUACUGUACCCUCCACGUCUCCUAGCUUCUCUCGUAGUUCACCAACUCCAGGCAAUCUGCAGAGAAAGCCUUCAAUGUACAAUGGAUCUAGUCUCACAGAUAGAGGCACCGUUGUCAGCAGCAUGAAUGGACACGGAGGCACGCAGAAGCCUCGCGGUGCAGCGGCGCGGAAUGGUGUAUCUGCCACGGCGCUCUACCCAAAGUCUGCGAUGGCAGGAGGAAAAUCGGAAGCCGCGAACACUGAUGCCUUUGUCGACCUGAUCAGUGACCAGCUCAAGUCCCAGCACGAGCCAGGCUCGGGCCUGGCGGGGUCUAUGCCCAUACGAAGGAACUCUUCGUUUGCAACCACCGGGUACAAAAAAGCAAAUGUUCUUCGCCGGUAA